UCGCGUAAGGAUCACACCUCGGAUCGAAUAAUGUGCGCCUGAAUAAAAGUGUUUUCAAAUUGAAAUAAAAAUAUUAAAAGUAUAAAAAAAAUAUUCCCUAAAUAUAUAAACUAAAAUAAAAUUGAUAAAGCAAAAAAAAAAACAAUAUAUCAGAUUUUGGUUACGUCAGAUUUUCUUACUUGGAAAAUAUCCCACUUGUGUGUUGUAAAAUGUAAACAGACAAAAACAAAAAUAGCAACGAAAAUAAACGGCAAAUCACGUUCUUGUGGCGCCAGUUAUUUGCAUAAUUAAAGACGCUCCAUAGAUGGUGGGCGCGAUAAGGAGUGACUAGGAAUUCAGACGACGACGAAGCCGAUGAUGAUGAUGAUGAUGGCAGUUUAUUAAUUUUUGAUGUAAAUAAAACCGCAAGGCUUAUCAAACUGCGACAAUGCAGGACACCAGCCUCAACAUGACCCAAUCGCAUUUGCAGCCCCAAAUGGCGGCCUUCAACAAGACGGUUCUGAAAGAGCUGCAGAUAACCAAAACUGAUAUCGACAAGUUCCUGAAGUAUUGGCAGGAAUUCCAGAAGAAGAACAUGUCCAGCCAGGUGGACGAGUGUCAGGGCUAUUGUCAAGGUGAAAUUUACAACUGGCUGCGCGCCUACAACAGCAUCCAUGGAUACGUAUCCCUGAUGAUUUGCAUAUUCGGGACGAUAGCAAACAUCUUGAACAUAAUGGUUCUGACCAGAAAGGAAAUGGCCAAGACGCCCAUAAAUAAUAUCCUCAAGUGGCUGGCGGUGGCCGAUAUGUUUGUGAUGCUGGAAUAUAUACCCUACACUUCCUAUCAGUAUAUCUACAUGGGGCCAGGUGAAAAGGAUCUGAGUUACACCUGGGCUGUUUGCCUGUUGAUCCACAUGCACUUUACCCAGAUCCUGCACACCAUCUCGAUUGGACUGACCGUAACACUGGCCAUUUGGCGAUAUGUAGCCAUCAGACAUCCCAACGGGGGCUGUGCCAACUUCCUGCUCGCUCAUUCCCGAGAGGCGAUCCUCCUGCCCUUCAUCCUGUCACCGAUCCUCUGCCUGCCCACAUAUUUUGUGUUUAAGGUGCGCGAAACGUAUGACGUGGACAGUGUCAAUGCGGAGGCCAUGUACCAUGUGUAUUUUGACCAGGAUUCGGUUCUAUACAGGUUCAAUUUUUGGAUACAUUCCGUGAUUAUUAAACUUUUACCCUGCGGAAUUCUGAUCGUGAUCAGUGCCGUGCUCAUGCAUGUCUUGUGCGAGGCCUCCAGACGUCGUCUGAAGCUAAGGGACUACAGUAAUCCCGCCAAGUAUGCCAUCCAGCUCAAUCUGAAUGAGUCCAAGUCCAAGAAGCCGCCACGCUGCGAUCGUCGCAAUGAUCGCACCACCCUCCUCCUGGUGGCCGUGCUGGUCCUCUUCCUGGUCACCGAGUUCCCCCAGGGAUUGCUCGGCCUGCUGUCGAGCGUGAUGGAGAAGUGCUUCUUCGCCCACUGCUAUCCGCCCUUUGGGGAGCUAAUGGACCUGCUGGCGCUGAUCAACGCGGCCGUAGGAUUCGUGCUCUACGGACUGAUGUCGAAACAGUUCCGGACCACCUUCCGUUCGCUGUUCAUGAAGCGGCACUUCGGCAGCACCGAGAUGACCCGACUGACCCGAGUGACCACCACGUGCGUCUAAACAGGACUUGGAUUCAUAUUAGAGAUUGGUAUCGAUAUCGAUACCGCUGAGAUGUGAUUUUUAAAAGGCUCUGCAGAAACAUUUUGUAGAGAUAUUUUUAUGGGGACUAGGUGAAGGGCAUCCAAGAUGUUCAGGGCUUAAUCCAACUAAGAAUUUCUAAACCUUAAACUUUGUAAAAGUUUCGUUGCAUUGCAUAACGAAAAAAAAAGAAGAGAAACUGUGAGCCGGAAUAUAUAAAUUUUGGUUAAAGCAAAUAUCGGUUGACCUAUUGGAUUGAUUUCCAUUGAUUAUCCAAGAAUUAAUUCCGUUUGUGAUUUGGCUGUUUAGCAAGUGCCAUUUCCUUUCCAAUUAAAAUUAAUUUCUAAGAAUUAUGCAUUAACCAAAUGGUGUUUCGAACUCGUGUCUUAGCCCGUAAGAUUUUGCUAGGCUAAGCGACUAAGGUACUGAGAUGGUACCAACACGACACACUUACUUUCCACAAAAACUAAAAAUAAAUAAAGUCUUAUCAUAACCGGAAUCCAAGGAUAGCUAUGGCCAAGAGGACAGAUAACUCUGUGAGCCCCAAGUUGAUCUGUCUUCUUGGCUCGAAAAAUCAAAACUUCGAUCACUGGAUUCCAGCUAAGCGCCAAUGCAUUACACAUUGGCUUUUUUUAUGAGAGUUUAAUUACAGAAUACUAUUUAAACAGCUUAUAUUACGAUUUACAAAUAGGUGUGAACACACGUUCAAAUAAAUGUUUGAUGUGAGUUUGGCGCGUUUAAUAAAUAUUUAUUUAGCGUUUAA